AUGCCUGCCUGUGAUUUACGUCUGCUGCCGCCACCGCUCGUCGGAGCCCGCGGCCGGACCGGGAGCGGAGCCGGAGGCGGGGCUCGUGGUCGGGGCCAGGGCCGAGAUCAGGGACCGGACCCCGGGCAGUUCGACGUCGUCGCCGCGGUGAUCGCGUGUCGGCUGGCGGGGGCCACAAGCAUGGCCAGGGCGAAGCACUCGGCAAAGAACAUCGUGAGCCCGCCCAAGAUAGUCGCGAUCGAGGCGACCUACUGGAGCCACAGGGGGAGCCUACCGGGCGCCCCAGCCAAGAUGACCGUCAUUGUCAUCGUCGGCAUCGUUGGCAUCGUCAUCGUCAUCGUCAUCGUUGUCGUUGUCGUUUCUGUUAUUGUUGUUAUUGUUGUCGCCGUUGCUGUCGCUGUUGCUUCUGACAGGGGAGAGCGAUGGCGAGAGGAGAAUCAGAAUUGA